UUUAAUAUUGUAAAUGAGCAGACAAGUCUCCGGUAAAGCCCCGAAAGCAUUUCCAGUUGAAAAAAUGCCUAAAUCCCUAUACAGUCCAAUACGAGUCGCCUGCAUAGAAGAAGCCUCCACAGGUCCCUCUCCCAGUUCCUUCACUCCCCAAGACCAGACCCCACCUGCCACAAAAAUCCACGACAUCCAACCCUUAUCCACCUCCUCCAAAAAGCGUACCCAAAAACACCACCAAAAAUCCACUUCCCUCUCCAAAAAUCCCCAAAACCCCUCUCCCUCCAGCCAAGACGACCAAGAAACCCCUGGCUCCAACUCCCCAAUUCUCCCCAAACGCAAACGGAAGAGGGCCAAGCCAGCCCAGCCCGCUGGGCUGGUCGCUAAAGCUCCUCAUCAGGAGAUUCAUAAGAAGAAAAAGAAGAAACAGAAGUUAUAGUAGGAAAAAUAGGAUCAAGUGCUAACUGAGGAAGACUGAGCUGAGGUCUAGGUACAGUGGGAAGAAGAUAUGAGUCGAAGAAGGACUGAAAUCAGAAGAGACGAUGUACGAAGGAAAUUAUGGAAGUGAGUAGUAUACAUCAGGCUAUUGAAGAUAAGCAGUUUGAAGAUAUGGCGAAAAGAGAGAAAUUGUUCAAGAAUACUGAGUACAAGAGCUUUAAUACUGUGGCAAAAUAUACCAGUGAAGUUUACAACAACAAGUUGCUUUUAUGGGAAGAACUUGAAGAAGUUAUGCAAAAGACUUAUGAAAAGAAUAGAAAAGAUUCUGAUCCUUUUCCAAAAAGAAAGCAGAGCAUUACAAAUUAUAUGAGCGGAAACAUAUUUUGGCACUUAAUCAGUAACCAGUACUUUCCAUUCUUGCUUCAUAGCAAAUACCAUUUCAGAACCAAAGAUUGCUUUUCUAAAAUCAAAAGUGAUAUCCGAAAGUGUGAACCUUGGACGAAGAAAACAGUUCUUAAUUGGUUCAAGGACCCUUAUUCCUUCAGAGAUUUCAAGCUAAAAAUUAAAGAUAUCCUCUUCAAGAGCACUAGGAAGGAGUUCCAGUUUAAAGAGAUUAACCAGAAUUACAUCUCAACUUUCCUAAAUUAUGUGAAUACUUCAUUUGUUCCAUACAGUUUUGAUGAGAAAUGGAAAGGGAUCAACAUUAUGAGGAGACUCAACAAGGAGGAUCCAUCAAAAAGGGAGCUUCCACCGAUAAACACUAUUAUCUCGAACAACAACUUGACCCAGAACAUUAAACUCCUUGAGAUCAUCCUCAAAAAUAUGGAGGAAGAGAAUGACCGUAUUUUCGAUGAAUACGAGUUGAAAUUCUCCGAAGUCAAUGAUGAAAGUCGCAAGCUCCCAACAGAAGGUCUCCUAAGCUCAGAGACAAUGCACAAAUAUGGGCAGUAUAUUUACGACACAUUUAUGCCAUACCUAAAAUGUUUGUAUGAGCCACAAGAGAAUAGUAAAGGCCAGCUCUGCCCUCGUAGGAUCAGACUUAGCCUUAGAGAUUCCUACCAGUUAGAAAUCGCUAAUGUAGAAAAUGAAGAUGAGAAAAAGAUUAUUAGAGAGCAAUCAAAGAAAAAUAAGAGAGGCUCGAUUUCAGAAAUAUAUAAACAGUUCAAGGUUAGGUCUGAUGAGUAUAUAUGACAGGUCUGUAAUAAUGGAGACUCCAAACAUGACAACCAAAUUGUCUUCUGAGAAGAGUGAGGAGCCUGUGCUCACCAAAAAUGAUACGGUAUCUACUCUUUACCUGAAGGGGACUGGAACUGCACUAUCUGUAAAGUCUUUGGGUCUCACCAAGGACAGUAUAUCCAAUGUGCUCUCUGUCCUAAUAAAGGAGGACUGAUGAAGCCAUGCAACCUGUUGGCAUCCGAUACCUUGCUAAUAAACAUUGGCACAGGAAUUAAAGAUAAUGUAUACCAGCAAAAGAUUAGACAUUACCUUGAAGAAAUCCAUCUUGAUUGUGCAAACUUCAACACAAUUUUCCAGGAUGACUCUCAGAAAAAGAUUAAAAUUGAGAAAAUGAUCAGUAAAAUGAAUAUCAACAGGAAAGUGAACCUUCUCGACAGGAAAGACGGAAACACAAGAAUUUUCCCAACAGAAGACAAGAACUUAAAUUUUAACAAAAUUGUUCAGAAAGAGGAAAAGAUACAAAGUGCUAUUUUUGGAAAGAAUUAUAAAGAACAACUAAAGCAGCUUUAUAAAGACGAAGGAUCUAAAGAUGCUCUUGUUCCUAAUUUCUAUGCAUGGGUUCACAUGAGUUGAGUCCUAUUUACACCCGAGCUUUAUCAUACCCAACAAGGAUUAGUGAAGUUGAAUAAGAUUGACAAGAAGAGGUUCUCAACUCCCUGCUAUUUGUGAAAGACCAAGAAUGGGAAAUAAAUCUACUUCCAUUAACUUGGGAAGUACUGUGAAAUGCUCUGAAACAGAUUGAGAAAAUCAUAUUCACGUUGAAUGAGCAAGAAGAAGAGACUUUCAUUUGGUUCUAGAAGACUUCAGUAAUCUUCAAGAAAGAGUUACCUCAAUAUACUGUGAGAAACAUACUCCAUACACAAUUUCGAAGGAGCUUGACUACAAGAAGGAUAUAUACUCCUACGAAAUCUUAAACUUCUUAACAGCUAUGGAUGAUCUUUAUCGUAAACACGAAGAAUCUAAACCAGCCACCACAAUUGCGAAGUUUACCAAAAGUAUUUUGUUAAACAUGCAAAAGUAUAUAAAGGAGGCCUAUCUGUUGGAGAAGAGCCUGACCAUCCAAUUUAUAAAGCAAGAGAAAACGAUAGCAAGAGAUCCUUACAAGAUGAUAUCAGUCAAAUCUGCAAAGUCACCAAAAAGAAGAGAUCGGCCAAGCAGUCUGUUCUCUCGGUCCUCCAUGAAUCCUUACAGUGGAGGCCCAUACAAAAGAAUCACAUAUAAACUUGACAGAGAGUAUAAGCCCAGCUUAUCCUACCAAGAUUGGCAAGAUAUUUGCUCAAUGUACAAAUUUCCUUGGAAAUAUGUCACUAAGAAGUUGAAUAAUGGCAAGGGAAAAUUCUCAGUUGAGCAGGUCUACGAUCAAUUCCACGCUCUUGUUGAAUCGAAUGAUCUAUUUACUCAUCAUAUUCUAAAUGGUGUGCCUUUUAACACUACUAGCCAGCAGGCUGAUCUUUUAGAUCAGGAAAAUUAUGACAAUGAAGAACUUGAUGAAUUAGAAAUGCAACCACCCUAUAAAGGAGGCAAUCCUGAUAACCAUUACCCUUAUUGAUACUGUAAGAGAGAAUAUGUAGGAGAAAGCAACCAUUUCAUUAGAUGUCGGAACUUAGUUGAAUGUCCAAUAAAAUGGUACCAUCCCUCGUGCAUUGAAAGCAUUGAAAAGAACGAGAGUAGAAAGAAUCGGAUUAAAAGCUAUAACAAUCCAAAUAGAAGAGAUUCGUACACAAAAUAUGAUGAUCAGUUCGAGAUUGAUUUCACCAAAUGGUAUUGCAGAGAAUGAAAAGAUAUACCCAAAAAUGAAGUGAAGCCUAUCGAAGAGCCAGUUGAGAUGCCUUCAUUUCACGAGUCUUCUGAAAAUAAUAGUUACUGUAGCAAUCAAGGGAAUGGAGAAAGCUAUGCAUUUGAUCUUUCUAACAACCUUGGAUAUGACAAGAACAAUUUCGAGGUCCAUCGCAAGAUUGUAGAGAAAAUUGCUUCAGAGAGUCAGUCUCAAGAGGAAGAGUAUAACAUUAAAAAUGAGAAGAAGUCCUCUUUCUCAUCUAAUGAUAACUACCAGAGUGAAUCAUCUAGCCAUGAGAAUUACAGCGCUCCUUGAGAAUCUUCCCUUGAUUAAGUUCAU